AGGCUGCGGCGGCGACCGUGGCAGAGGCGGUGGCAGAGGCCUCCGUGGCGGAGGCGGAAGCAGAGGUGGAGGCCGAGGCCUCAGUAGAGGAGGCAGUGGCGGAGGCCACCCUGGGGGAGGCGGUGGCAGCCCUGGCGGAGGAGGAGGCGGAGGCUGCACUGGCGGCGGCGGCCGUGGCGGUGGUGGAGGCCAGCGAGGCCGAAGCCGCCGCCGCCGUAGCGGAGGCUGCGGCGCCCGCCCUGGGGGAGGCGGAUGCGGAUGCCGCUGCGGAGGUGGAGGCAGCGGUAGCGGCCGCGGCGGCGGCGGCGGCGGCUGCUGCCGCCGCGGAUGCAGAUGCGGAAAGCGGCGGGGGCUCCGAGGGGAACCCGGACUUUCCUAUGGCCUCGCUGUACGUGGGCGACCUGCACCCUGAGGUGACGGAGGCAAUGCUGUACGAGAAGUUCAGCCCGGCUGGGCCCAUCCUCUCCAUCCGCAUUUGCAGGGACAAGAUCACCCGCCGCUCGUUGGGCUAUGCGUAUGUCAACUACCAGCAACCGGUGGACGCCAAGCGGGCCCUGGAGACCCUGAACUUUGAUGUCAUCAAGGGCAGGCCGGUGCGCAUCAUGUGGUCCCAGCGGGACCCCUCGCUCCGCAAGAGCGGAGUGGGCAACGUCUUCAUCAAGAACCUGGGCAAGACCAUCGACAACAAGGCUCUGUACAACAUCUUCUCUGCGUUCGGUAACAUCCUGUCCUGCAAAGUGGCCUGCGACGAAAAGGGGCCCAAGGGCUAUGGGUUCGUGCACUUCCAGAAGCAGGAGUCCGCCGAGCGGGCCAUAGAUGCGAUGAAUGGCAUGUUCCUGAACUACCGCAAAAUUUUCGUUGGGAGAUUCAAGUCGCAUAAAGAACGAGAGGCCGAAAGGGGAGCCUGGGCCAGGCAGUCCACCAGUGCUGACGUCAAGGAUUUUGAGGAAGACACCGAUGAGGAGGCCACCUUGCGAUGAAAACAUCCCAGGAGCGAGCCAGCCAGCAGAGCCAAACCUUGGCUCCCACCCGGUUUACAAACCCCCCACCCUUUUUCCCCCAACCCACCAGCAGUGUAUUGUAUUGGGAGUGCAGGUCUCUCUCUCACCCCUUCCUUCCUCCUUCCUUCCCUCCACCUGUGCCUUCCUGUUUGUCCCUCACUCUCUCUGUCUCUCUGUCUCUCUGUCUCUCUCUCUCUCUCUCUACUUCCCCCUUCCCUUUCCUCCCCUCCCGCCACACCCACGUUGGGUGUUGUGAAUAACCUUGCUAAUCUGUGCCACUUGAUAGUUAAGGCUGCCUCUUCUCCUUGUGGUUUGGUUUAAAAAGCACUUUCUCUCUUUGUUUAUUGCACAGGUGAUGCAAUGUCAUGAUAGAAACAUCAGGAAGAAGGAAAUCAGAUGAGGGAAAACCAAGAGAGUAAUUGCUCCCCAUGACCCUACUACCCGGAGACAACCACUUUUACCAUUUUGGUGUGCUGUUUUUCAGGCUCUCUUCUCUCCUUCUCUCUCUCUCACCCUUCUCCUCCACCCCACCUUCCCUUUUAACACUGUUAUAGAAUGGUUCAUGUAUGUGGUGUUUCUUAACCUGCUUUUUCAAAAACUAAAACCAAACAAACGUCAACCCAUUGAACUUUCCAUGAUAUUCACAGGCUUGAGAAAGGUCAUCUUCUGUGCCUGCAGAGUGUAUCUACGGACCCUAACAUUUCUAUAAUCAUUGCCGCAUUGUUGGACAUUCAGGUGGUGCCUAGUUCUUUCCCUGUGUUUAAACCUAGCACUGUGUAUACUCUGAUGAGUGAAUUUCUUCCUUGUCAAGCCAAAUCUUUGCUAGCGUACAGGAUGUUCUUAAUUGUGGACUUGCAGAAUCCACAUGUGGACAUUUUAAAGAGUGUUCCUUUGUGUUGCCCAAUGGCCCCUUCAUAAGCAUUGUACCAAGUUAUUCAUGCCAGCCACCUCAACUAGUAAAAACAGUAUGCCCAUUUCCCUUGCAUAGUCUCCUGGUCACUGUAAUUGGUGUGUGUGUGUGUGUGUGUGUGUGUGUGUGUGUGUGUGUGUGUGUGUGUGCGCGCGCAUGCAUGUGCCUGUGUCUUGGCCCACUUGAUGAUUGUUAUGCUGAAUUUAAAUACUGUUUAUCACCUCCUUUCCCUGAGCCCACUUUCUGCUCUUUUCCUCAUUCUCAGAAGAAUAAUCCAGCUUCAUUGUAGGGAAAAAAAAAAUCACACAGCAGACACGUCAACAGAAGAAAAUUAAUUUCAUAAGUAAUCAGUCCCAAUAACCUCCCUGAAUCAUUUUCUUCUGCAUCUAUCUAAUAGCUGCUGUGAAGUACAUGAAACAUAUUAGGCUGUAUCUCUCUAGUAUUUUUCUGAUUCAUUUGUCAUGUAUGUAUAUCAUAAUGUACAUAUUGUUUUUAUACUUGCUUUUUGACACCUAAAUAUGUGUGUGUAUGUUUAUACACACAAUACUCUUUAACUUCAUUUCAUUAAAGAUAAUUUUAAAAUAUUA